AGGGAGGGAUGAGGUGUGUACUGUACACGUAUCUGGUCGAGUCAACUCAUUCCAAAUCCAAACGCACUCGCUGCUGUUAAGCCCAAAGAGGUCGUGGUCCGUGGAUUUCUUUGGCGGGAGUUUUUCUGGUUCGAUUCUCAAUCUCCUCUGAGCCCAAAUUAGGGCAAAUGUUCUGUUCACGAAGAUACUACUAGUUCUCUCUCUGUAUCUCUCUGUGAUAUUGAGGGCAUAUUAUCACUACUAGGUCAUGGAGGACACACCCAGAGCUUCAGAACCAUCAAUUCGUUCAUCUAAAAGAACUAGGGUUCAGACUGUUAGGACUGGCGCUGGCGGAGAUAAUAACCCCGAUGAGACCAGCGAUCGGAGUGAUCACGACGACUCUUUCGAUCAUUUUGCCGAGCCUCCUCCCAAGUCUAAGCGUAAGCGGACUUCGGAGGGGGCUUCAGCUGCGGCUGCGCAGAAUUCUGAUCAAAGCUUGAUUGAGGUUAUCAAAGGUAAUGGGAAACUUGUUCCUCAAGCGGUUAAGUUUUGGGUUGAACGAUAUGAAAAGGAUUCGAAACCUGCAAUGGUUGAACUUUUGAUGAUGCUUUUUGAGGCAUGCGGGGCAAAGCAUCAUAUUCAACAUGAGUUACUGGAUGAGACUGACGUGGAUGAUGUAGUAGUUGCUCUUGUCAAUCUGGCACAAAAAGGUGAAGUUGAAGAUUACCAAAGCUCAAAAAAGAAGGAGUUCAAGAAUUUCAAAGAUAACCUCACUUCUUUUUGGGACAAUUUGGCAAUUGAGUGUCAAAAUGGGCCAUUGUUUGAUCAGGUCUUGUUUGACAAAUGCAUGGAUUAUAUUAUUGCACUUUCAUGUACUCCUCCAAGAAUUUAUCGUCAGAUUGCUUCAUUGAUGGGACUCCAGCUUGUCACAUCAUUGAUAAAUGCUACUAAAAUGCUUGGUGAACAACGAGAAACUACUCAGAGACAGUUAAAUGCUGAAAGAAAGAAACAUGCUGAUGGUCCACGUGUGGAAUCACUGAAUAAAAGGUUAUCGAUGACUCAUGAAAAGAUAACAGUGAUAGAGGAAAUGAUGCGCAAAAUAUUUACUGGGUUAUUCGUGCAUCGUUACCGAGAUGUUGAUCCUGAAAUUCGAAUGUCAUGCAUACAGUCACUUGGUGUGUGGAUUUUGUCAUACCCAUCACUGUUCUUGCAGGAUUUAUACUUGAAGUAUCUUGGAUGGACUUUGAAUGACAAAAAUGCUGGUGUAAGGAAAGUUUCUGUCCUUGCAUUGCAAAACCUUUAUGAGGUGGAUGAUAAUGUGCCAUCUCUUGGACUUUUUACGGAAAGAUUUUCUAGUCGAAUGAUUGAGCUUGCUGAUGACAUUGACAUUUCUGUGGCUGUAUGUGCCAUAGGACUUGUAAAACAACUACUGAGGCAUCAACUCCUAAAUGAUGAUAACUUAGGUUCUUUGUAUGAUCUGCUAAUUGAUGAUCCACCGGAGAUCAGGCGUGCCAUUGGGGCAUUAGUGUAUGAGCACUUGAUUGCACAGAAAUUUAAUAGCUCUCAACCACGUUCAAGAGGUGAAGAAAAUGAUUCUUCAGAGGUACAUCUCGGUAGAAUGUUGCAAAUACUAAGAGAGUUUUCAACAGAUCAAAUUCUCAGUACCUAUGUCAUUGAUGAUGUUUGGGAGUACAUGGAUGCCAUGAAGGAUUGGAAGUGCAUUAUCUCUAUGCUCCUGGACGAGAACCCCCAGAUUGAACUUACUGAUGAUGAUUCAACAAACUUAAUUCGGCUCCUCUCUGCAUCUGUCAAAAAGGCAGUAGGAGAAAAGAUAGUUCCUGCGACUGAUAACCGAAAGCAGUACCACAAUAAAGCUCAAAAGGAAAUGAUUGAAAACAAUAGGCGAGAUGUUACUAUCUCCAUGAUGAAGCGGUACCCUCAGCUGCUACGCAAAUUCAUGGCUGACAAGUCAAAGAUAGCACCACUGGUUGAUAUUAUUGUUUAUAUGAACCUAGAACUUUAUUCCCUGAAGAGACAGGAGCAGAGUUUCAAAAUGGUUCUUCAGCUAGUGAAAGAGGCAUUCCUUAAACAUGGUGAGAAGGAUGCUCUGAGGAGUUGCGUGAAGGCUAUCAAUUUCUGUUCCACAGAGAGUCGAGGAGAGUUACAAGAUUUUGCUCAAAAUAAAUUGAAGGAACUUGAGGAUGAACUUAUUGCUAAGCUUAAAUCUGCAAUGGGAGAAGUAGCGGAUGGUGAAGAUGAAUACUCACUUCUUGUAAAUUCAAAAAGGUUGUAUGAGCUCCAAUUGUCAAGAUCUUUUCCUAUUGAUAGUUUAUAUGAAGACAUGGCUGUGUUUCUUCAGAGUUUUAGGAACAUUGAUGAUGAGGUUGUCAGUUUUCUGCUUCUCAACAUGUAUUUGCAUGUUGCCUGGUGCCUGCAAUCUAUAAUAAACAGUGAAACUGUCUCUGAAGCAUCUCUGUCUUCCUUGUUGUCGAAACGCACUACCUUGAUUGAGCACCUUGAGUACUACCUGCAAACCCCUCCUGAAGUUCAGGUUGAAGUUAAACGUGGAAAUCAGCUAGUGUGUAGGGUUUGCACUAUUUUUGCAGAACUGUGGUGUUUAUUCAGAAAGACAAAUUUUGCAUCAACAAAGCUGGAAAAUUUAGGGUAUUGUCCCAAUGAGUCCGUUCUUCAAAAGUUUUGGAGACUUUGUGAACAACAGCUCAAUAUCUCAGAUGAGACAGAGGAUGAAGAUAUCCAUAAAGAGUAUGUUGAGGAGACUAAUCGACAAGCAAUUAUGAUUGCUGCUGCCAAGUUAAUUGCUAACGACACAGUUCCUGAGGAUUAUCUUGGCCCGGAGAUCGUUUCCCAUUUUGUGAUGCAUGGCACAAGUGUGGCUGAGAUUGUGAAACACCUCAUAGCUGUUUUAAAGAAAAAGAAUGACGAUGUGUCCAACAUCUUUUUAGAAGCACUGAAACGGGCAUACCAUCGGCAUAUGAUGGUAGUUUCAGAAAGCAAUGAUGGAUCUCUUGCUGGCAAGUCUUUUCAAGAAUGUAAAGAUCUGGCUGCUCGGCUUUCUGGAACAUUCGUAGGUGCUGCUCGAAACAAGCAUAGAUCAGACAUAUUGAAAAUUGUCAAGGAUGGUAUUGAGUAUGCUUUUGUUGAUGCUCCAAAGCAGCUAUCUUUUUUGGAUGGGGCUGUGGUCCAUUUUGUUUCCAAACUUCCUACACCUGAUAUCCUUGAAAUUUUGAAGGAUGUCCAAAAACGAACAGAGAACGUGAAUACAGAGGUAGAUCCUAGUGGAUGGCGCCCCUAUCACACGUUUGUAGACAGUUUAAAAGAAAAGUAUGCGAAAAAUGAAGGUUUCCAAGAUGAAAAAGAAGGGUCGACUGUGAGACGCCGAGGUCGUCCACGUAAGAGACAAAAUGUUCAGGGAAAGAAACUUUUUGAUGAGCACGGUUCAAGUGAAGAAGAGGAUUCAAUCAGUGCAUCUGACCAUGAUGCUCGAGAUGAAGAACAGCAGGAAGACGAGGAAGAUGCACCUUUGAUACAUUCACUUAGGUCAGCAUCCAAGCUGCGUUCAUUGAGAGUUUCAAGAGAGGAAAAUAAAGGGGAGAAUUUGGCUGCUUCCAGAACAUCAGGGCCUUCUAGCUAGUAACUGCAGUGUUCAAUAUGCACGUUUAAGAUGGUGAGGCAUGAGGUUUUUCCAUGAACCUAUUCCUCCUCUCAACAUUUCUGGUUGGAAUUUUGAGACUCUAGAAACAAUGUGUUGCUUAAAAGUCAAGAACUCAUUCAUGUAAAAUUGUAAAGAUUGUGAAGUGGAGUAGAGCAGCCAUGUGGAGACGCUCUGGUGUUUUGACAGGAUGUUGAACCGAUGUUUGUUUGUUGUAUGGAAGUUUGUAAACAUUGGGCGCUUCCUCAUCUGUUCGACUGGUGAAUUUGCAUUUGCUAUUUUUCUCCUAAUGUCGUUUUCUGAUUAGCACAUUUUGGUACUACUAAA